GCUCGGUGACGUCAUCACAGAGCGCCCAGCCGCCAGGGCGUGUGGAGACGCGAUGCUGAGCCGGCUCCAGGAGCUGCGCAAGGAGGAGGAGACGCUGCUCCGGUUGAAGGCGGCACUGCACGACCAGCUGAACCGGCUCAAGGUUGAAGAAUUGGCCCUCCAAUCAAUGAUUAGUUCUAGAAGAGAGAAUGAGAUGCCGUCUUCUCCAGCUGCACAGGAACAGUCACAUGAUCAGAUGGUGGUGCAUGUAGACAAUGAAGCAUCAAUCAACCAAACUGCACUGGAGUUGAGCACAAGGAGCCAUGCACCAGAAGAGGAGGAGGAGGAGGAGGAAGAAGAAUCAGAUUCGUGAAGUGGGGAAAGAGCCAGGGUUAGUUACACAAAUUAAAUUUCUAAGUCGCAGAAACUUUCUCUCUAAAGUAUUCUUGCCCUGGGCCCUAUGGCCUGCUUUAAAAGGAAGCAAGACCUUUAGGAGGAUGUGUAUAAUAAUACAAGUUUCAGAAUGCUUUAACAAAAAUUAGUGACAUAUAGAAAAGCAAAGAUGCAUUGUCUUUGCAUUGAGCAAUAUGGGUGGUGCCGUGUCUGUAUUCUGGUCAGAUCCAGUAGUUGUGUUCAAAACAGAAGAUUUCCUCUGAAAUGCUAUUGAGCAAGUCUGGCAUUUGCCAAAAGGGCAGAGUGUAAGUACAAGGCAGCCUUUUCAAUCAACAAUGCCUCUUUUAAGCAAACCAAUUAAAGGCUGUUUGCAUACCAUUGAACGCUUGUAAACAUAGCCAAAGUCUAGGAGAGAAAGAUGACAAGGAGGACAGAACACCACUUGAGAGCACCAGAUGUUGCCACCUCUCAGUGACAUCGCAACAUACUGCCACUACGGACUGUUUUGUGUGGCUGUAAUCACUUCUAGGUUGAGACAUCACAAUGAUAAAAUGUGCAUAGAAAUAAACUGUAGAUGAGUAGCCGUCAUGCGGCUAGCUGGUUUCCAGAUAGCAAUAGGGAAGCGGAUCAGUCCCUCUAGGGAAAACAGGACAGCCAGCAGGAUGGUUUAAAACCCAUUUCUGAACUUCGGAAGAAAUGUGCUGUUAAGAAGGAAUCACUAUGCUUGGGAGAUUGGAUUAUUAUAAUAAAGAGAUGUUAGUUACAGAAAAAGUGUUUGUUAAAACUUA